AUGCGUUCCACUAUCUUGGUCCACCUUUCGCUGCUCAUCACGUCCACUCACGCCUUCUUUCCCUGGCCUAGUCCGGAGUGCCUGGCAACGGGUGAUUGCAUUUUGCCGACGAAGAGGCACUUGAAGGAUCAAGAUGCGCUCGGAUCUGAUGCUGUAGAUGCCGUCAAGGCUAUCAAGGUCCCAGCCUUGCAAAUUGGCGCCCAGACCACGACCAAGGAGUCCGGCCCUGAACGAGUGGUCCGCGAAGUUCGACGACUCACCCGCAAGUAUGCGAGGUUCCAAUCCGCCGCCGUCCGCGAGGAGGCAAUGAAGUCUAAGAGACAGAGUCAGUACCGUAUUGUAACGGCUGCUGAUACCACCCUCAAGAACGCGGCCGGCGUGGCCCAGGAUGGCACCGACUUCUCCUACUUUGCCCAGGUCAAACUGGGUAACAACGAGAAGCCCAUGUGGAUGCUUAUGGACACCGGGGCCGGUACUAGCUGGGUGAUGGGUUCGUCUUGCAAAUCGACAGCAUGUGAAAAGCACAGCUCGUUUGGCCCCACCGACUCGAGCACGUACAGGCCCAAGGGCGAAGCCUUUUCGGUUGCCUACGGAUCCGGCUCAGUCAAGGGCGAAAAAGUUACUGACACCGUAUCUUUUGCGGGAAUGAAGUUCGACUUCCUGUUUGGUGUUGCCAAUGAGACCUCGGACGACUUCAAUCACUUUCCCUUUGACGGCAUUCUGGGACUUUCAAUGGCAGGUGGCGAGACGGAGAACUUUAUGCAAGUUGUCAAGAACUCCGCACAACUUCCCGCCAAUAUCUUCUGCGUGUACCUGAAUAGGGCAGCAGACGGACCCAACACGAGCGAGAUCAGUUUCGGGGUGUGCAACCCUAAAAAGUACACUGGCGACAUCACCUACACUGGAGUUGGCAACGACCUCGGCGAUUGGGCGAUUCCUUUGGACGGCAUUGCCUAUGAUGGUCUCAAGUCUGGCGCGGCAGGCAAGCUUGCUUACAUCGAUACCGGUACCUCAUAUGUCUUUGGUCCCAAGGACGAUGUUGCUGCGUUUCACAAAAACAUUCCUGGAUCUACUGCGGACGAGGCGGGCACAACCUACAAGGUACCGUGCAACAGUAACAAGGAUGUAACAUUCAGCUUUUCCAACGUCAGCUAUGUUAUUUCUGCCAAGGAUUGGAGAGGCAGCCCUGGUACCGAUGGCACUUGCACAAGCAACAUCUACGGCCAUGAGGUCGUGGCUGGAGCUUGGCUCUUGGGAGAUGUCUUUCUCAAGAACGUUUAUGCCGUCUUCGAUAAGGACCAGAAGCGUAUAGGAUUCGCGAAGAGGAUCGACCCACCGCCAGUGACGACCACUUUAGCCAUCGCCUCUACGGCCACACCACCAGUGGUUAACAACCCUGACCAUACGGACGUUGGGACUGCUGUGGAGACGUCCGGGCCCGCACUUGGAUUGGGUGGUCAUGAGACUGCCACGGCGGAGACUGCUGCUGCGCAAACCUCGCCGGUAAAGCAGUCGAGCGCGGUAUCGUCCGACGCUCUCAUCAAGGUCAAGGCGGCCGCUGCCGCGGUCUUGUGCCUUGUAGCCGUGCUGGGAUCCUACUAA